AUGGUUGCAGAUCUCAUACGUGAUGCGCCGUUCGGCCAAGUUGUGCGCUUUAUCACCAAAAAUAGAGUAUUCCUCUAUCCAGAAGAGAAAGCAGACUUCAAAUGUCCCCAUGACUAUGACAGAGAUCAAGCCCCAGUGAAUGAGAAGGUUCUGGAGGCACAGCUGGAUGUACAAACACACCCACAGACACCAGACAGGCUCGAGGAAGGCAACUCCGCGAUGCUAGAUAGAACACAAUCCAGACCAAUAGCACCCACGAGAACGCCAGAUGGCCGUAUUCUUGCCGAUUGGUAUGAUACAGAAGAUCCGGCGAAUCCACAGGCAUGUUUACUUGCUCCUAUUUUCAAUUGGUCGCAAUUGAAGAAGGCUUGGACGGCUACGAUCAUAUGUCUGUAUACAUUCGUUGUAUAUGCAUCUUCGUCAAUCUACAUAUCGAGCGUCGAGUUGGUCAUGCAACGCUUCGGGGUGGGCUACUUCAAGGCUGAGCUUGGUCUUGCUCUAUACGUUCUAGGAUAUGGUAUUGGACCACUAAUCUUUUCACCACUGUCUGAAGUCCCGGCAUUUGGAAGGAAUGCCCCAUACAUAACCACUUUCGCACUGUUCACGAUACUCUCUCUACCAACAGCACUUGUCGACAAUUUAGGAGGCUUGCUUGUGCUCAGGUUUCUCUUGGGUUUUUUUGGUAGCCCAUGUCUAGCGAGUGGAGGGGCGAGUAUGGGAGACAUGUACUCUCUCCUAUAUCUUCCCUACGCUGUGGCGGCUUGGGUCUCGUUCGCCUUCGCCGCCCCCGGUCUAGGUCCGCUACUUUCAGGAUUCGCCGUAUAUGCAAAAAACUGGCGGUGGUCGCAAUGGGAGGUGCUCUGGAUGGCGGGCCCUCUCUUUCUUGUCUUCUUCUUCUUCGUGCCCGAAACCCAGCCGAUGACUAUCCUGCAUUACCGCGCGGCUCGGCUUCGGCGAGUCACUGGAAAUGAGAAGAUCAGAACUCAAGUCGAAAUGGAUCGAGCAGGCAUCACGCUGGGAUCGACUGUUAAAGAGGCUAUUAUAAAGCCAAUUGAGAUCACAAUCAAAGAUCCGGCGAUUCUCUUCGUCAAUGUGUAUACUGCAUUGAUGUAUGGAAUAUACUACUCUUUCUUCGAGGUGUUCCCACUUGUUUUCCCAGUAUACUACGGCAUGAACGUCGGCGAAACCGGCAUCGUAUUUGUCUGCAUCGUCGUCGGCUGCAUCAUCGCCAUGUGCAUAUACUUCGCCUACAUCCAGUUCCUCAUCAUUCCCGACAUUCUAAAGAACGGCCUUCGAGCACAGGAAUUCCGACUCAUACCAGCUCUGUUUUUCUGCUUCGGUCCAACGAUCGGAUUGUUCCUAUUUGCUUGGACCGCACGUCCAUCUAUACACUGGAUUGUCUGCGUCAUAGGUAUUACUAUCUAUGCUCUAAGUGCUUAUAUCAUCAUGCAAUGCAUUUUCACAUACAUACCUAUGUCCUACCCUCGCUACGCCGCCUCCCUCUUCGCUGGAAAUGACUUCUUCCGCUCACUCUUCGCGUUCGGCGCCGUGCUCUUCUCUCGCCCUAUGUUUGUGUACCUAGGCGUAGGGAAAGGCUGUAGUCUCCUGGGCGGGCUGAGCGUUACUGGAAUCGUUGGAAUGUACUUGUUGUAUUGGUAUGGUGCUAGGUUACGAGCCAGGUCUAGAUUUGCUGUUAGUGGAUAGGGAUGUGAAGUGUGGCCUAGGGAUUCGGUGACGAAGAUGAGAUUGAAAUAGCGUAGGAUUAUGGCAAUGAACGACGGUAAUGACGAAUACGGGAAGACUUAACGAAAUACUGUAAUGGGCUGAAAUUGAAGGGUCACUAAUUUGUGGAGGACAUGAGAUAUCGUUGAAGAUCUGCCUAUUUGUCACAUUAAGCAAGCACGAUUUAGUACAUUGAAUUUCAUAGCAGGCAAUUUCAA